UUACGUGUCGAAUUCGUGUGAAGUCUGGCGGGACAAGAGAUGACUUUGAUCACCAUGAGCUCCUUUCCAUAGCCAUUUUUCUUUACCUUGAGCCCCUUACACAAAGUCCGUUCUUAAGAUCUGGAGUUUUCUCUCAAUGGCUGCUAAAAGUUCCCGAGAUUCUUCUUCGUCCUCUUACCGGUGUUCCGCCUUCUUGAGUUUCAGAGGCAAGGACACGCGCAAGGGGUUUACUGAUCACCUCUAUAGAGCCUUGGAGCUAGCAGGAAUCCACACGUUUAGAGACGAUGAUGAAAUCAAGAGAGGGGAGAAUAUUGAGUCGGAGUUAGAGAAGGCGAUACAGGAGUCACAAGUAUCCAUAAUUGUCUUCUCCAAGGACUACGCUUCCUCAAGGUGGUGUUUGAACGAACUUCUGAAGAUCGUCGAACGUAGAAAUACUGAUCGUAGACAUUUGGUUCUGCCAGUUUUCUAUGAUGUGGAUCCAUCCGAUGUCAGGAAGCAGAGUGGUUCUUUUGCUGAAGCAUUUGCCAGACAUGAGGAGCGAUUCAGUACGGAGAUGGACAAGGUGGAGCUGUGGAGAAGAGCUCUUGGAGAUGUUGCAUCUUUGGGAGGCAUGGUUUUAGGAGAUCGGUAUGAGGGGCAGUUCAUCGAAGAUAUUGUUGAAGAGAUUAGAAAUAAAGUGGGUCACGCAGCUUUAGACGUCGCUCCCUUUGCAGUUGGAAUGGAUAAUCGUGUGAGACGCCUAAACAUGUGGUUACAAGAUGGAUCAAAUGAUGUUGGUUUAGCUGUCAUCUGUGGGAUGGGUGGAAUUGGCAAGAGCACCAUUGCGAAAGCUGCUUAUAAUCAAAACUUUGAUAGAUUUGAAGGUAGCAGCUUUCUUGCAGAUAUUCGAGAAUCUUCAGAACAACCUAAUGGUUUUGCUUGCUUGCAAAGAAAACUUCUUUCAGAUAUCCAAAAGGGGAACACAAAGAAAGUAUACAAUGUGGCUGAAGGAAUAAGCAGGAUCAAACGAGCUGUAGGCUACAAAAAAGUUCUUAUUGUUCUCGAUGAUGUGAACAGCCGGGAUCAACUCAAUGCAAUUCUUGGAAUGCGAGAAUGGCUUCAUCAAGGAAGUAAAAUUAUCAUAACAACUCGACAUGAACAUUUGUUAAAUGCUCAUGAAGUUUGUGAAAAGUUUAUGGUUCGAGAACUGGAUGAGUAUGAAUCACUUGAGCUUUUCAGUUGGCAUGCCUUCAGACAAUCCCAUCCAGUAGAAGGUUACAUGGAGCUUUCAAGACAUGUGGUGCGGCACUGUGGAGGGCUUCCAUUAGCUCUUCAAGUUGUGGGAUCUUCUCUAUCUGGAAAAAGUGAAGAAGUAUGGCAAAGUGCAUUGCAGAAGUUAGACGUGAUCCCCAAUGACAAAAUUCAAAAAGUUCUGAGGAUAAGUUUUGAUUCUUUACCGGAUGAUCAUGACAAAAAUUUAUUCCUUCACAUAGCCAGCUUCUUCACAGGAAAGACGAUGGAUUAUACAAUUACAAUACUGGACAACUUAGAGUUUUGCACAAGGAUUGGGAUUGAAAAUCUAGUUGACAGAUGCCUAGUGAAAAUUCAAGGGUCGAAGUUGGCCAUGCAUCAGUUGGUGAGAAACAUGGCAAUGACAAUUAUUCGCGAAGAAUCACCUCAUGACCCUGGAAAACGUAGUAGAGUGUUGCAGAAUGAUGCCUCUAAUAUUUUGAGAAAAUUAAGUGGCACGGAAAAUAUUAAGGGCCUCAUGCUCAACCUUGCUAGCAAAAGAACAUUUGUUGGAAGUGAUAACAAACGAUGCCAUGUUGAAGAUUAUGAUGGAAAUUGUUCAAGACGACGUGGGCUUGGUUUCUUCUCUUGGAAGCCAAUUAGCUUUUCCUCCACAAACUCAGCUUCUGCAUCAAAUGAGAUAGAUUUCAAAUCUGAGGCGUUUAGAAGGAUGCACAAUCUUGAAAUUCUCAUUCUCAACAAUGUCAACAUCAGGGGAAGCUAUGAAGAAUUUUCAAAAAAUUUAGUAUGUUUAUCUUGGCGAGGAUUCCACUUAAAAUCAAUACCAAAAAAUUUUUGUUUGGAAAACCUGGUUGUUCUAGACAUGCGAAAUAGUAGCCUACAACAUGUUUGGAAUGGGACCAGGGUUAUUCCAAGGCUGAAGAUUCUUAAUUUCAGUUAUUCGCAUGGCCUUAGGACAAUCCCCGACUUCUCAGGACUCUAUAACCUUGAGAGGUUGAUUCUUAAACAUUGCAUAAAUUUGGUUGAGGUUCAUGAGUCCAUCGGACACCUAGAAAAACUUCUUGUUUUGAAUCUAAAAGGCUGCAAAAAUCUCAUGAAGCUUCCAAUAUUGAGAUCUAUUCAGGUUCUUAUUCUUUCCGGUUGCUCAAAGCUUGAAUUGAACAAACUCAAUCUGGUAUCAGCUCAAUCAUGGUAUUCAGUCUGGUCGAGGGUGUCGCCAAGAAAAAAUACUGAAUUAAGCAGUUUCUCAUUGGCAAGUUUACCACAUUCUUUGACUAGUUUAAGUCUGGCUUGCUGCAAUAUAUCAGAGAUUCCAAGUGCCCUAACUACGCUGUCCUCGUUAGAGUACUUGUCUCUGGAUGAGAAUCCGAUUACAAGCCUACCAGAAAGCAUGAACAAUCUUGUUAAGCUCCAGGCUCUUAAAGUAUCUGGUUGCAGAAACCUCACAAUGCUUCCAGAGCUCCCACAUGGUUUGAUACAAUUGAAUGGUAGAGGUUGCACAUCAUUGAAAAGAAUAACAAAUUUAAUGACCUUGGCCUUGUUACGGGAUGACUUCCUUUCUGACAUAUUAUUGGACCUACAUCUAUGGUAUCGUGGGAAACUUGUUGAUGUUGAAAGCUUGAUGGAUACACUAGCAUUGGCCUCAGAUCCUUCAGAUCUAUUCGAUUUGCAACCCAAAGGUGGCAUUGAGGUCCAAAGGAACUAUUGUGAGAGUUUUGGCAGGAGAAGGCACAUCCAGGGAACUUAUGAAUGCGGCAUGUAUAGCAUAUUUAUUCAUGGGAGCAAGAUUCCAGAUCGGUUCAAUUACAGGAGCAUGGGUAACACUGUGUUCUCUAUUAUUGUUCCUCCACAUCUUAAUCUCAAGAUCGUAGGUUUAAACGCAUGUAUAUUAUAUGCACGGCAGUCGGAUAGGAGCCGUGAGGUUGCACGUGGCCGUCAUUUCCAUUGGCUUGAACUUAGAAAUGAGACAAAGGGCGUUAAGUGGAAAUGCCGUUUGUUUGAUCAGGUUGAAUGGAAAGUGAUCAAUGAAGAUGCGUUAUGGCUUAGCCAUUGGAUCAUGGGGAACAAUGAAUUGGAAUGCGGGGAAAAGGUGUGUUUUGAAAUCAAAGAGCAAUAUGGUUUCCUCGCAAAGGAGAUUGGAGUCCAGUUUGUGUACGAGCAGCAAAAUAAGGAUAAGGAGGAUGUGCCAUCAAGUAGUGAAGAUACAACGAUCCAACGUGAAAGAUCUCCUUGGGAGUGGACCCGUAGUUUCCUUGACACCACAAGACCCCGUGUUCCGGUGGGUGUAGAUACGGGGGUUCAAUGCAUCCAUAGCUGCGAUAAGAAAGUUAUUUCAACUUUCAUAUGCGCGGCUGAAUUCUAUCUCGGUGACACUCUUAAUGGAGCUGUUAUUGGAUAGUCUCCUAGGUUUUAAGACCUUUAGCCAAAAUUGUCGCUGGGGUUGGCCUUUUUAGCCAAAAUAACCCAGUUUAAUUGAUGUUGCUGAUGCAUAUUUGUUCAUGGGAGCAAGAUUCCAGAUCGGUUCAAUUACAGGAGCAUGGGUAACACUGUGUUCUGUAUUAUUGUUCCUUCACAUCUAAAUCUCAAGAUCGUAGGUUUAAAUGCUUGUAUAUUAUAUGCACGGCAGUCGGAUCGGAGCCUUGAGGUUGCACGUGGCCAUGAUGUCCAUUCGCUUGAAGUCACGAAUGAGACAAAGGGCCUUAAGUGGAAAUGCCGCCUGUGGCAUAAGGUUGGAUGGAAAGUGAUGGACGAAGAUAUGUUAUGGCUAAGCCAUUGGAUUAUGGGGAACAAUGAAUUGGAAUUCGGGGACGAAGUGUGUUUUGAAAUGCGGGGAUCAUCCACACAGCGACGAACUCCGAUCAUUCUCACCGAUCUCCAUCUCCUUCCAAAGCCAAAACCCUUUUAAGAAAAAGAGGGUAAUGAAUAUGAUAAAGCCAGUAAUGAAUGGAAUAACCCAAUUUCUAUCGCCAAUCACCCUUGCUGAGUGAUGAUUCACACACUUCCUCGUACUUGUUUAUGGGUUCCUAUCCAACCAAAUUUUGACUUAGUACCCAAAAACUGUAUCAGCUCACGAACACACACAGGUUUAUCAAAUUCAAAGCAGAACCCACAUAUAUUCUGAAGGUUCUAGAGUUGAAAGAGGAGCAAGGAGGUUUGGUUACGGAAUCCAAAAAGCCAUUUUAAUGAGCAAUAAAAAACAUGGUUUUC